GACUGCUGCUGCCAAAUGUCAAUUUAGUACGGCAAUGUUUACUAUAUACAUAUGGAAUUUUGAAAAUUGGUUAUAAUAUUAUAAUUUAUAAUAUAAGGACCCCAACAGAAAAUGUCUUCCGAAUUAGUUCGUCAAGCGCUGGCAUUUGUAGAUCCGGACGAAAACAACAUCAAAUCAAGAAAGAAGAAGCGAAAUAAUUCACAAGGCGAUUUAAAUACUGUUAAUCUGUUUAAAAACAGAAAUAAGAAGAAAAAGAAAAUCAUUAAAAAAUCUAAAGAAGAUUUAGUAGAGGAGAAUAUAAAGAAACUUUUAUCACUCUCUACACCAACUGAUGCUGCUAAUUUAGACAAGAUAAUAAAGAGAGCAGUCAAAGGCAAGCCGCUCGAAGAAAACACCGAUGUGAAAGUUGAUCAAGAAAAAUCAAUAUUGUUCCCCGAAGAAUCAUUCCAAGAAUUUGAAAAGACUUACUUCUGUAGUUAAUCGGUUAUUAUACAUCACUUCAUACACCUUUGUUUAAGUGACUGCUUUAUAUAGAACUAAAUUAAAUACAAGAA